UUUCAGGGCACCAGUGCCGAGCAGGACAACCGUUUUGCAGACAAAAAGAAAAAAUUGAUGAAAUCCAUGAAAUUUGCAGAAUCUUUGGAGAAAAAGGUGGACAUGACGAAGGUGAAUGUGGACACACUGAAGCCAUGGAUAGCUAAACGAAUCACCGAGCUUCUAGGCCUAGAAGAUGACGUUAUCGUUGAAUUUGUAUAUAAUCAGUUAGAAGAAAGGAGAAGAUCAUAAUUUCUCGUCUGCGAGCUAUCAGUGACAAGCCAAGAGAUGAUCUUGCAGGGUACAGUUAUUCCAUAGCUUUACAUAGUUAUCAGGACCAACCAAAAUACCCUUGAUCCUCGCGAUGAUGCUCCAUCGCAAAGGUGGCUCUUGCACAACAGGGUUUGUAUUUUAUUUCUGUCAAAGUUUUCAAAAGUCUUUCUACAUGUACACAUGUUUGUCUCUGUAAUCCCUUGCCUUUGAGCUUCCCUAUACACAUUGGAAGGUAGUCAAGUUUACAAAGUCAUCUGAAUUCAUGGAAGUUUGACAAAUAUGUUCAAAUCUCAGCUUAUCGUAAAUAUCAUGUAACAUGUCCUCAGUAAAUCCAAUUUCAAAAUAAAUUGUAUUCCAUGAGUAUUUAUUCAGGCAUGUAAGAACUGUUUUCAUGUUGAUUUCUUCUAGGCAGCCAUCUUGGAGCGCGGAUCAGCACAUUCGGAUCUGCUACUGUUGACAGCCAACUUAAAAUUUAACAUUGUCAAGUAUUGUACUGGGAAAGCCAAUAGUGUCACAAUACCAUCGUUUGGAAAGUGGAAGAUGUUGUGUGGUUGCUUGUUAGUAAUGCAUGACAAUAAAUUUAUAAUCUAUAUGAUCUAGGAAGCAAAGAAAUCUCUCUUAGCAAGGUGGACAGUAUCUCAAACCCAUCUCAUUUAGGACCAAAAAUUUAUGAAAUCUGAUAGUAGAAUAAGAAAUUUGUUGUCUUAAGGAUGUAAAAUACUAGAACCUUAUUCAUCUACUGCGACUGUCAAGAUGUUUGACAUAGUUUUGGUUAAAUAAGGUUCUGGUAGAACAGAUGAUGUUGGCAAAAUAAUUAGCAUAAAGUUCCAUUGUGGUCUUUAACUUCAAAUAUUUCCUCAGAUAAUGAACUGUUUCCAUGAUGACUGAGUGGUCAUGCAAGUAGGAGUACUGUUAUUUCAACAUGUUUGAUUGUAGUGGUAGUUGGGAUGUACAAGAUACUGGAAUAUAACCUUCACUAUGUAAUCUUUUAAUGUAUUUUAUUUGCAUGAUAUACAGAGGUAAAGUUUUUCAGAAGGUUUAUAAAAGAAACCAUGUAGCCACAUUCUUCCCAGGAAUGAGUAUGGGUUUUAGAUAUAAGCAUUUAACUCUGGCAUACACAAUACCUAUUGCUUACGUAGUGUCAGUACACAACACAUCCCUGUAUGCUGGAGGUAGGGUAAUGGCUGGACAGUUAUUUAUGCAAGUGUUCUUCCCACCAUGUAUCUGCAGAUGCCGGACCCUAGGGAGAUGCAGAUUAACCUCACUGGCUUCCUCAACCCCAAGAACGCUCGCAUCUUCAUGUCAGAACUUUGGGACCUUCUCUGUAGCGCACAAGAGAAUGUUGGUGGCAUUCCCACUGCAUUCCUUGAACAAAAGAAAGAAGAAAUCAAGAGAAGACAGGCUGAGCAGGAGCGAAUCCAGACAAGUCUGAAGAAGCAUGAGGAGCAGAUCAAGGAGGCCCUGGCCAAGGAGAGAGAGAAGAGUGAAAAGAAGGACAGAGACAGCAGACGAACACGAUCCAAGUCCAGAACGCCCAGUGACAGGAAACGUAAAUCUAGAUCACCUGAAAAGAAGCGGAGGUCACGGUCACCUUCAGACAGGAAACAUAAAUCAAGGUCAGAGACACCAAGAAAAGAAUCUCCCUCCUCAAAACGAUCUCCAUCACCAAAGAAAGAGGAUCCUGACAGCAGUAAAACUGAUGUCAAAACUGAAAAUGGAACCACUGUAAAGAAAGAUGAAGAGAAGAAGGAUGACAACAAAGAAAAUCAACCUGAAAAGGCAGCAUCACCUAGCACUAAGACGGACAAAAAGAGUCGUGACAAAUCUCGGUCAAAAUCUCGCAGCCCUGAUAGAAAGAAGAGACAUCGCAGUAGAACACCAGAAAGGAAAAGGAAGAGGAGUAGAUCCAGAUCGCGUUCUCCUCGUAGAAGGCGCUCACCUAGGCGCUAUUCACCUCGACGAUCUCCCCGACGUUCCCCCCGGCGCUCCCCUCGUCGAAGGCGAUCCAGAUCUAGGUCCCGAUCUCGACAUAGACCCAGUUCUCCCCGGAGAAGGGAUCGCUCUCCUCGUCAUCGGAGGUCCAAGAGUCCCGUCACCAAGAGGCAGGCCCCAAGGAGAAGGCGCAGCCCCUCUGACAGCUCAGACUCUGACAGCUCAGGAAGCUCAGAUUCACGCACCAGGUCCAAGCAGAAGUCUAAGGCAGGAAAGGGCAGUGACGACGAUGGCAAUGAUUCUGGUGGGAAGGUGGGCGUACAACAGCGCCGCCACUACCGCAAACAUGACACAGAAGAGAACUCUGACUCCGACUCUUCAUCUUCAUCAUCAGAGGAUGAAAGAGAUAAAGGGAGACAGAAGCGGAAUGUGAGAAGAUCCAACUCCCCAAGAGCUCGGCGGCGUUCCCCUCCCUUCAGACGAUCACCAUCACCACGGAGAUUUGGAGGCAGAAACAGGAUGUCGCCUGUAUUGAGACGAAGACCUCCACCUCCUCACUUCAGAAGACCAUCGCCUCCCAGAUACCGCUCACCACCAAGGAGAAGCCCACCCAGACACAGGAUCAGUCCCAGGGGCAGAGCAGGAGGGUAUGACAGUAGGUUUAAGUCACGUUCAAGGUCUCGAUCACCCCCUCCAAUGAGACGAAGACGUAGCUCAUCUUCCCCCGUCCUACGUCGAGGCCGACCUAGCCCAUCACCCCCUCCACAGAUGAGGAGAGGAUCUCCAAGACGACGCCCUAUAUCCCGGUCUCCCUCACCUGCCAGACAGAGAGCUAUGCAAAGAAGAAGACCACCAUCAUCAUCGUCAUCAGACUCUGAUUCGUCACCUCAUCCUGUGAAGAGACAGUCAUCACCUCCAGCACGCAGGCGCAAACCCUCACCCGCACCGAAAAAGAGGGCACCAUCUUCUUCAUCAUCUGGUUCCUCAUCACCAGCACCUAGACAUAGAGAUGAAUCGACCGACCCGUCACCCAAGAGAAAGAUUAAAGCCCCUGUUUCUAAAUCUCCUGUUCAGAGACGCAAUACGAGGGAAUCACCGGUGAGAAGACGACAGAUAUCACAGUCAUCACCAUCACCUCCACCACCUCCACCCAGACGCCGACAAAAUUCAACAUCAUCUCCGCGGAGAAGACAGAGGGACACCUCAGACAGUCCACCACCACGAAGACAGAUUAUGGUAUCACAGAAGAGGACAAGGCGUGACAGCAACUCCUCAGCAUCACCUUCACCACAGAGAGUAGCCAAAGAGAGUCGUAAACAGCCAGCCAAGGUACGAGGAGACAAAGUGUUGGAUGAUCGGCCUCCGAGGAGAAAGUCUGGUAGCCCAGAGCCAAGAGCAAGGAAGGCAAAGAGACCUCCGUCAUUUUCCCCAGAACCCCCAGUUCCAGGACAGACACCCCCCCGGGUUGACUCGGAUGAGGAGGCCCCAGCAGGUGAGGACACAUUCAGGAGGGUGAUCACUAUCAAGAAGGACAAGCCUGAGGCUGGUGAUGCUCCUCGGAGGAGGGAACCUAGUUCAAGUCCAGCUCGGGCCAAUGGGGAAACGCCCAAGAAGAAGGCUAAGAUGGAGAAAGCAGCAGCAUCACAGAGUGGUUCAGAGAGCUCGGAGGGUGACCAGGCAGCCAAGAAGAAGAAAAAGAAGAAGGACAAGAAGCACAAGAAACACAAGAAACAUAAGAAACACAAGCAUAAGAAGGAGGCCAAAGAUGCUGCCGAGGGUUCAGAAAGCGGUGAGGGAGAGUCGCUGGAGGAGCUAGAGAAGAAGUUGCGAGAGAAGGCUCUCAUGUCCAUGAAGAUGAAAGUUGGCGCUGUGAUGGAGGGGAAGGAUGUCUAACAUCACCAUCACCCUGAAUCCAGUUAGCUGUUGUUCCAUGUUCACAUCCCACACAGUGGACAUUCUGUGGUUACUCCUUGGGACUCAGUCAUAAUAUAGAUGUAACUGUGCAGACUAGCUUUAAAUACAGUCCAAUUGAUUGCCAUUAUUUUCCCAGUGCAUUGCCAAAAUUCCAUUUGUCUAGCUAUGAAUGAUGGUGUCAUGUUUAGAGAUGAUGGGGGUUAUUUGCUGAUUGAAACUGUUAUGGCUUGUUUUAAAUAUCUUAACUGUAAAUUCCUGAAUUUUCUUGUAUCAGUGAUUUAUGAAUCCAUUCCUUAAACUCUUAAUAAAAACUUUUUGCAUCCGUGCCCAAACCUAUUUGUAGAUCACUGACACGGGAAAUCUCUCUGUAUCAGAGUAUUUUUGGUUGUGUACAAUCUCAGUAUAUUUAUCAAAGCUCUAAUGAUCAUGAUUCCAUUCCUUGAAAGUUAUGUCCAGGAUGCAUAUUGACUUGCAUCCUGUUAGAGAAAUCAAGGUUUGUGAUAGCAUGACAGUGUUCUGUGGAGUCCUACGGGGUAGAGACACGUUUAUACACAAUUAUGGAGCAAUAAUGACUGUAGCCAUGCUGCUGAGAACACAUCACAGGAAACAUUUCUUGUUCAUCUACUAGCUUAUGUCUUGAUAUUAUUUUCUUACAUUUUCACAAAUCAUGUGCUGCAGUUGGUGUGGCUAGAGGAAUUGUGUGUGAAAUUGUGGGAAAUAUGUUUUUUUUGUGACUGGCCAUUUACAACAAUAUUACCACUUAAGUAAAUCAGAUUGUAAAUCAUCUAUUCUAGAAUUACGUUUGACACUUACCUGUACUUAAAAAAUGAAUAAAUUAUUAGUUGUGUACAUUUACACCUCAAUAUUGAAUUAUCAUUAUGAUGAUGGGUUUUUGUCUAACACUGUCUUUAUCAUUUGGAUGUUACUCUUUGAGAUACAGGGUAGAAAUUGCGAGAAGUAACUAAUUGUCAAUAUUGAAGGUUAACUUAAAGUGUAUAUUGUAGUCCUGCCCACUUUAUUCCCACUUUGUCAGAAUGUAUCGUGUGCUUUUGACAAACAAAUAAAACGGAAGAAAUCGUCCCCUGUGAUUCACAUCUGCAAGGUGCUAAGAUGUUUGUCAGGAAGGGUAUUAUUCUGUAAAUAGUAACUUCAUGAAAAAGCAACGGAACUCAUGUGAGUGCACCAUUAUUUUAAGUUGAAAUGCGAAAUUAUUCCUUUGUUUUCUUGUGUGGGAUGGAAUGUCUGCAAGGGUUUUAAUGUAUUGUGUUCUGCAAUACUGUGCUUUUUGAAGUAUUUUAGAGGUUUACUUUCGUUUUUAAUCAACAUUUCACACUCUUCUUGGUUGAAAGGUCUUGGAAUAGUUGUAACAUUUCUAUUGCAAGGCUGAUUAUUUGUUCAGUGAUGCCUUGUAUCACUGGUACAAUAAAGUCAUUAAAAGGA